CAGAUAAAAAAAAAAAUAAAUCUAAAAUAUCACAACUUUCAAUCAUAUGUUUCUCAAACAAAAAAUGUUUAAUCAUAUGAAGAUGGUUGAUUUCUGUAAUUUCAUCUAUUUGGGAUGGAAUAUAUUCCAUCGUUUGCAGUUGUAAAGCCAAGGACGAAAGAUUAGGAAUUCACCAAACAAAAAAAAAAAAAAAAAACGAAAGAUUAGGAAGAGCAUUGUCAGACUUUUACUGCCGUUCGGCAAGGUGGUCUUUAAAAUAAGACAUGGGUUUCCCAAAUUCCGAGCUAUUGUAUCUUAUAAAUUUAUAGCCUCUCUAAUAGACUCUCUCCUUCCUUCCUUCGCCUCCCAUUUUUAUCAAUUUUGCUCAUUUACAGCACCAAUUUUAUGAUGCUGAGGCUGUGGAAGUGGUAUCAGAACUGCCUUGCUUAUCACCCAGUCAAGACCCAGGUCAUCAGCUCAGGCUUCCUAUGGGGAGUCGGUGACAUUACUGCUCAGUACAUCACCCACUCCACCGCCAAAAAGCGUCUUCAAAUUUCUGAUGCAGAUAAAGACUUCAAGAUCGACUGGAAGCGUGCAGCAAUCACAAGUUCAUUUGGGUUUGGCUUUGUUGGACCCAUUGGCCACUUCUGGUAUGAAGGCUUGGACAAAUUUAUAAGGCUGAAGCUUCAACUACAGCCGAAGUCAGCGCGGUUUAUUGCUGCUAAGGUGGCAUUGGAUGGCCUAAUCUUUGGUCCCUUUGAUUUAUUAGCAUUUUUCAGUUACAUGGGAUUUGCCACUGGCAAGAGCGUGGAUGAAGUGAAGGAAGGCUUGAAGAGGGAUUUCCUCCCAGCCCUUGUUCUGGAGGGUGGUGUAUGGCCAAUUGUUCAGGUUGCAAAUUUCCGAUAUGUUCCCGUGAGAUAUCAACUCCUCUAUGUUAAUAUUUUCUGCCUCUUGGACAGCGCAUUUCUUUCAUGGGUUGAGCAGCAAAAGGAUGCUCCUUGGAAACAAUGGUUUACAUCUUUUAACCCUUUGAAAGAACGAGGAGGUUAGGGCAGAUUAUGAUUUUGUUUUAUUUUUUGUCAUUUCCUUUUUCUUCAUUCUUAAAAGUUUGUAACAGAAUAUUUCUUUCUCACCGAAAAGAUUUGAUCAUUCACUCCCCUGACUGCCAACUUGGGACAUUAAAGUCUGGACUUUGGGAGGUGAUGCACAUUUUCUA